AUGCCCAACGGCUCAGUUUGCAUGGUAGGAUGUGCACAUCAAUGGUGUGGAUCAACGUAUGGCCGAUUAGCCUCAUGGCCGAGUGAAGCUAAAUUCGACAAUUUCACAUAUUUUCAGGGCUUGUUCUCAUACUCUAACAAGUCAAACACUCAACUGAGGCCUGUCAUGUCAUCAGCUUUGGGCAUUCAUCGGCAAAGAGAUCACCAUCGUCCGUCUUUGUCCAACCUGGGCCGAUGA